AUGGAUUUCCCGGAGAGGGUUGAUUGUGUCAUUGACGGUACAGGUUUAAGUGAAUCCCUAAUCUCUGCAAGUUUAUCAAUAUUGGGAAAACAAAUUCUUCAUAUCGAUCGAAAUGCUUAUUAUGGUGGAGUCCUUGCAUCUUUACGAUUCCCUGAAUUCGAGAAACUUCUUAGUCAAAUCGAACCUAACUGCCCCAAAUGUCUUCCAGUCAUCAAAGAUAAGUGUUUAGAUCUCAGUGGGAUUGAGUCUUAUUUAGUCACUCACAAGUCAUCAGAAUGGUUUCUAGGCUGUGACGAGAGUUUUGAUUCCCACGAUGAUAAUGAUGCCGAAAACUCUAGUAAUGUCAGCAGAAAAGUUAAUAAUGACUCGCCAAGCACAAUGGCAUUAUCUAGUGAUACCAUUGUCCAACACGAACAUAUUAGCACUGAAAUUUCUAGUGUAAUUCGCGAGCUUGGAGAAGAACAAGAGAAAUCCAAUGGGGAUGAACAUGAAAAUGUUGUUACGGUAACCGAACAAAAAUCUGAUGACGCUGAUAAGACUGUUCAAUGCCAAAAAUUAUGGUCUCGGUCUGAACUACGAAACGCUGUGCGUCUACAUGAUAUAGACAUAGUGCCAAAGAUACUUUAUUCACACAGUCCUGUAGUAACUGCUCUUCAACGUGCUGACGUAACAAGAUAUUUAGAAUUUCGCUUUGUAUCACGCCUGUUAGCUUAUAUUGGUAAUAACGAGUGCACACAACAGUCUGGAACAGUGUCGAACGAUGCUGAUAAUCAAUCUUCCUCAACAAAUUGUAUGGGUCGUGUAGUCAAAAUUCCCGUUUGUCGUUCUGAUGUGUUUAAAACACGUUUAUUAAGUUUACAUCAAAAAAGAUCGUUAGGUGCAUUUUUCGAAUGGUGUUUUCAUUUAAUCAUUAAUGAUACUCAACGCAGUACGACACAUUCUGAAAAAGAUGAAGAUUAUUGUGCUUACGAAGAUCGACCUUUUCAAGAUUUAUUAACUGAAAAACGUAAACUUGAUAAAUUUACCCAACAGUUAUUGAUAACUAAUCUAUCAUUCAGUAAUGAACAGAUUAAAACUAAAGAGGCCAUUUUCAGAAUUCGACGACUGUUAUUCUCUAUGGGUCGAUUUGGACCUUAUCCAAUUUUGUGGCCAAUGUAUGGUAGUGGAGAUUUGACUCAAGGAUACUGUCGAAUGUCAGCUGUUUUCGGUACGACAUUUUGCCUUGGUUGUAAAGUAGAAAAAAUUCAGUAUAUAAAUUCAGAGGUAGAUGCAGUAACUCAAUCCGUUAAGAAUAUGUCCACCAAUAUGAAAGAUGGACAGAUAAUAACAGAAGCUGACCCUUCAUCAUCAUCUCCAUCGUCGUCAAACUUUGAGUCAAUCCCAAAGAAUAAUACUGAUGAUGAUUUCAUUGUUUAUUUAUCUAAUGGUAGGAAAAUAAGAACAAAAUGUGUUAUUUUAUGUCCAGAAUGUUUACCAUAUUCUUGGAUUAGUGAUUUUAUUAAUCAUUGGUGUGCCCGAGCAGUGCUCAUUACAGACUCUUCUCUUUUACCAGAUGAUUGUAAAUCGAGUGAUAUUUCAAUACUCGCAUAUUCAUUUAAUGCAAACAAUCAACAAAAUGAUUUAUGCCUUGAUCCCGUUAUCUUAAUUGAAUGUCAAGUUGAAAAAAAUAAAUUCUGUAAAGAUAAUUUAUUUGUUGUACAUGUAUGCGCAAUCAUUAAACAACCAAAUGAUCCAAAGAAAAUUUUCCAACCUCUUUUAAAUCGUUUAUUUACACAAUAUGAUAAUGAUACAGUAUUUCCUGCAUCGGUCAAUCAGGGUCAGUAUAAACGACCUAGAAUUCUAUGGGCUGGUUAUUUUUGUGUACCAGACUUAUCAUCUAUUCCAAAUAACCUCUCUACACUUCGAAAAUCUGAAACAAUAAUGAAUUCUAAUAUUUUUAUCACCGCUGGACCAGAUGCUACUCCGGACUUGGAUUCAAUUAUACCUAAUGCAGAAGAGAUAUUCCGUAAAAUAAUUUCUAUUCUAGGUUUGCCAAACAAUUCACAAAAUUUAGCAUCAACAACUAGUGGAACAAACAAUGAUGAUAGUACAUCUCAGACUAGUAGAUCAACUAUGUAUACUACAAUUGAUGCGGUUUGGGAUGGUCAAUUUCCACCUAAAGCACCUCAACCAGAAGAUAUUAUUGUGGUAGAUGAAUCGAAGAUCAGAAUUAACUUACUCCUACUUUUUCCGACCUGA